AAACAGGUGCACAGGCCACGUGGUGAUCCGCUGCUCAGGAGACCAAACAACGAAGAAAACGAAGACUUGCUGUUCUCAUUCUCAUUUGGUCUUCUCCCAUUUGCAGCACGGAGAGAAAGAGGAGGAGAAGAGGACUUCUCAUUCGUACCUCUCUGCUCUGAUCUUGCUUUCCUCUGUAAGCUCGCCGGAGGAAGAUAUUUCGGUUGUCCGGUGGAAAACGGUGGUGUCUGCUCGCAGAUCGAAGCAAUUUUCUGCUGGUGUUGAUUUCGCUACUUUAUUUUUUGAUUCUUCUUAGUAGUCCGAUGUUGGCAUCUCCGAAGCCGUUUGUGGAAAAGUAGAGAGGGAUCUAUCUGCUUCGAAUAGUUAAGUAGAUGAUGGAGUCGACUAAAUUCGCUGGAAUUAUCGCCGGAGGCGGCGGAGCUGGUGGGGUGAGCUUCUAUGAUAUGGCGUAUUAUCGGAAGCUCGGCGAGGAGACGAACAUGUCGGUGGACAGCAUCCAGUCGAGCACCGGCGGCGGGUCGGUGGCGAUGUCGACGGAGAACAGCAGCGUUGGGUCGAGCGACUCACGAACAGGUAUUCUCCAUCAUAACGCUCUCCGCCAGGUUCCCACUGCAGGAGGAAGCUCGGUUGGGCAUAGCGUUUUCCGCCCUGGUCGUGUCAGUCAUGCUCUAAGCAGUGAUGCCCUAGCUCAAGUUCUGAUGGACCAGGGUUUCCCCACGCAAGGCCUGGACAACUACGAUGAGUGGACGCUUGAUCUGAGGCAGCUGAACUUGGGAGAGCCCUUUGCGCAAGGGGCAUUUGGGAAGCUUUACAGGGGAUCUUACAACGGGGAAGAUGUGGCAAUUAAGCUGUUAGAGAAACCGGAAAAUGACCCGGAAAGAGCUCAGUUGAUGGAGCAGCAAUUUGCGCAGGAGGUGAUGAUGCUUGCUACACUGAAGCACCUCAAUGUGGUUAGAUUCAUUGGGGCUUGCAGAAAGCAGACGGUUUGGUGCAUUGUGACAGAGUAUGCGAAAGGUGGAUCGGUUCGACAAUUUCUGACGAGGAGGCAAAACCGAUCGGUGCCUCUGAAAAUUGCGGUUAGACAGGCACUGGAUGUUGCCAGGGGAAUGGCUUAUGUUCAUGGAUUAGGUUUCAUUCAUAGGGAUUUGAAAUCGGAUAAUCUUCUCAUUUUUGGGGAUAAGUCUAUUAAAAUUGCUGACUUUGGAGUGGCACGGAUCGAAGUGCAGACAGAAGGAAUGACACCAGAAACUGGGACCUACCGGUGGAUGGCUCCAGAGAUGAUACAGCACAGACCUUACACGCAGAAGGUUGAUGUCUAUAGUUUUGGUAUUGUGCUGUGGGAGCUCAUAACAGGAAUGCUCCCAUUCCAGAACAUGACAGCUGUGCAGGCUGCUUUUGCCGUCGUCAACAGGGGAGCUCGUCCGAUCAUACCAAGCGAGUGCCCCCCAGCGCUUGGCGAGAUCAUGACCCGUUGCUGGAAUGCGAACCCCGAUGUUCGUCCUCCCUUUGCAGACAUUGUAAAAUUGCUCGAAAAUGUUCAAGCUGAAUUGGCCACUUCUGUUCGCCGUGCACGUUUCAGAUGUUGCAUGACUCAGCCGAUGACGAUCGACUGAACUGAAGGCAAUGAUUUCUGAGCAGAAUUAGGAGAAAGGGGAAACAAGCACUAGGAGGAGAAAUGUCAGAGGGAUGGUGAAGAAAUAUAGAAAAUUGCUGGGUUUUGGCGCAUUUAAUUAGAAGGAUGGUAAUGAAGUUGGGGGAGAAAACGACUUGUUAUGUAGUUCCUUGCUGUUUUAUCAUUAUAAAUAAAUAUUGUUAGCGGUUAGGUUGGUUCACUUCGCUUAUUUUGUUUUUGCUGCUCUCAUUGUAUGAAAGUAUAUUACUGUUUUCAUGUUUUAAUUGAAACAAAGAGGCUUUCUCUUGUUAUUUACCUUUACUUUUA